AUGGUGAGGUUGCAAGUUGAGGACAAGCUCCGCCAUCAGAGGGCAAGUUGCGAAAUAUUCGGUGUGUCUUUCGGCCAGGGUUCCAUAAUGAUAGGGGUAGUAAUGUGGAGGGGAGAUCCUCUAACCGACCCCGCCGGCGGCUCUUUUAACGUUGAGGAAGAGGUUCUCUCGCAGCCGAACCCCCGCGGCGCCUGA